UACUUUAUGUGAUUCUAUAAAGCAGAAAAAUCAAAACCUAUUACCUAUUCAUCCCGACAAAGAUGGAUAGUUCAGUUCACUGGUCAUAGCCUAAAGGAAAAGAAAAGAAGAUGAAACCUGGCUAGCUAAAACCGUCCAAAGAGAAUAAAUUAAAUUAAAGUAAGACUACUUAAAUCUACAUACUGCAUACAUAUUCUUCACAUCAACAUAUUUUUUUUCCCAUCAAAAUAGUUAAACAAUGGGGAGGGGGAGAGUGGAGCUCAAGAGGAUUGAGAACAAGAUAAAUCGGCAAGUGACAUUCGCCAAGAGAAGGAAUGGGCUGCUAAAGAAGGCGUAUGAGCUCUCAGUUCUCUGUGACGCUGAGGUUGCCCUCAUCAUCUUCUCCGGCGGUGCGAAGCUCUAUGAGUUUUGCAGCAGCUCUAGCAUGACUAAGACGCUUGAGAGGUAUCGAAGUUGCAGUUACGGGACACCACAGGCCGCAAGCCAACCCGCAGCGCAUCAGAGGAGCUACCAAGAAUAUAUUAUGCUAAAGGCUAAAGUUGAGGUGCUACAACGCACACAGAGAAAUCUUCUUGGGGAAGAUUUAGAGAAUUUGGGUAUAAAAGAGCUCGAUCGGCAUGAGCAUCAGCUGGACGCAUCAUUGAAGCAAAUAAGAUCAAGAAAGUUGCAGUUCAUGCUCGAUCAGAUUUUUGACCUUCAAAAGAAGGAAACCAUGCUGCUGGAAACCAACAAAGCCUUGAGGAGGAAGUUGGAGGAAAGUAAUGCAGCCCUUCAAUCAUCAUGGGAAGCUAGGGAACAAAUAACUAUGCAAUAUAGUGGCCAUCCAAGACAAGCUCAGGAAGUUUUCCAGCCUGCUUUACAAUGUUGUACAUUGCAGCUGUGUUACAAUGUCGAUCCUUUGGUGACAAAUCAGGAAAAUGCUGCAACUCAUGAUUAUCAAUAACCAGGUUCAUGCACGCAAGUAAUCAUCCCUAUAUAGCUGACUGAUCAAAGAUAUUGAGAUCAGUUGGCAUUCAAUCUAUUCAGAUGUA